AUGUCCGUCAGUGGCCAAGACGGUCGUGACCCCACAGAACUCCACAAUAAAUACAACUAUCAUGCACAUGCUACAAGAAUUAUUGUUCUAACGACCGCCAUCACCAGUAAGUGGUCAAGCCCGGGCAAUCUCAAUCAGGAAACAACCAUGGCUCGCACAAAUCUGCGAAUGGUCUUCACCAUCAGAGGCUAG